CUAGGAGCUCUAGGUCUGUAGCAUCCAUGUAGCUGUCUCUGCCUGUUGAAGAACAGGACAAGAGGAAAAAGGGAAUGGAAGGAAGAGCGGAGGACUACAAAGGGAGGACAGGCGUGUGAGCUGAUACUGGGGUUUACUGGGGUGUAUGCUGGGGGGACGAAGCGAGGGGCAGACGACUGGCUCCUCUGGGGGAAAGGCUGUUGUUAGCUGUUCACAUUUAUAGCAGCUGAGCUCUUUUCUCCCCUGCUGAGGAGAAGGGGAGGAGGAGGAGGAGGAGGAGGAGGGGGAAAACCCCCUCUCUUUUUUUUUUCUUUUUUCUAUCCCCUGCUUCUACAGUGCUCAUCCUCAGCUCCAGCUGCCAUCCACUGUGAUAAGGAUUUGAUGAAAGACAUGCCCAACAAGCCUGCUAUCUCUGACAAAGCCCAUGGCUGAGGAGUGACCCAAAGACGGCCGACAUACACUGUGUUCAGCGGCCAAACAAUCCCAUCUACCAACACACCACCACUGUUCCAAUCCACAGCCAUGUCUUUGACUACCCUCAAACCUGAUUUCUUCACACCAGCCUCGGUCCCCGCCUCGGUAUCGUUCCCUAGCCGCCUGCCCACUCCACCAGCCAGCACCUCCAGCCCGCUCAUCAUCAGCACUGCGGAGAGCAGGACAGAACAGGACAAUGUCACAUCCAGAGGCACCUUCCAUCCUGCCACGGUGACAGCCAACGAGACCAGCUUCAACUCCACGCAGCUCCCCAUGGCGUCGGUGGAGGGCACAGGGAUGAGUAUGGUCCUGCUGCCUUUCGGCAUCAUCACCGUCAUUGGGUUGGCUGUUGUUGUGCUGCUGUACAUAAGGAAAAAGAAAAGGCUGGAGAAGCUCAGGCACCAGCUCAUGCCCAUGUAUAACUUUGACCCGGCCGAGGAGCAGGACGACCUGGAGCAGGAGCUUCUAGACCACGGCCGAGACGGCAGCCCAGCAGGGCCGAACUCCAAAACUCUGACGACGAGUCAAGGCACCACGCAAAGGCCUAGUCGACUGGUCUUCACGGAUGUCGCCGAUGCCAUAAAUGCAUGACAGCAGUCCUGCAGCACAAAGGAGGACUCGGGGAAACAUAUCCAGCACUGGACUGGAGACUGCCAGCGUCAAGAAGACUCACGUUUGAGUAAAAGCUGAGACACACCAUUGCCAUGCUAAAAACUGGGAUAUUUGUUAAGCUUGUAGGCACAAAAAUAAGAACAAAGGCUUCUUGUCUCCUUGGGACGGUUAGGCCGCGUUCACUUUAGAGAAGGGAACGUCUGUAAGUUAUCAGAAAGCCUGUUUAAUGUGGAUUUCAUUUCAACAUGUUCAUGCUGCUUUAGUCACUAUAUGCACAAUGACAUGGACAAAGACUUAAAUAGUCAUCAGUUU